AUGUAUCACUUCAAGAUGCAAGCAGCCAUGGCGAUUGCCGCCUGGGCUUUCACCACCGUCGGCCAGAAUCUGCCCCUUGGUCGGGAUCGACUUCAUUCGAGGGGCAGUUAUGAUAUGACAGAGCUCCAGAGUAAGCUUUCGAGCACUGCCAAGGUCUAUUAUCCCAACUCGACUGAGUUUGAUACUGCCUCAGCCCGCUGGUCCCUCUUGGAUGAGCCCAAGGUGAAUGUGGUUGUGGUGCCUGGCACCGAAAAUGACGUUGCCGAGGCAGUACAAUUUGCUAACCAGCGAGGCUUGCCCUUCCUCGCCUAUACUGGCGCUCAUGGAUCCCUCACCACGCUCGGUAAGAUGGAUCAGGGAAUCGAGAUCUACAUGACUCAACUUGACACCGUCACCGUUGCUGGAGAUGGGCAGACCGCAACCAUUGGUGGUGGAGCCAUGUCAAAGGCAGUUGUUGACGCGCUUUGGAAUGUAGGAAAGCAGGCUGUGACUGGAACAUGCGAGUGUGUCAGUAUUCUCGGACCUGGUCUUGGUGGAGGACACGGCUGGCUCCAGGGACACCAUGGUCUUGUCGCUGAUCAGUUUGUUUCAAUGAACGUCGUCCUGGCCAACGGAACAUUGACGAAGAUUGACGCACAUUCUGAUCUUUGGUGGGCGAUGAAGGGUGCUGGUCACAACUUUGGCAUUGUUACAUCCCUCACCACAAAGGUCUUUGAUAUUCAGCAUCGCGACUGGGCGAUUGAAACCAUCACUUUCAGCGGUGAUAAGGUGGGAGCCGUGUAUCAAGCUGCCAACGACUAUCUGUUGAAGAACGGUACACAACCGGAGGGCCUGAUCAACUGGUCCUACUGGCUCAACAACCCAGGCGCUGACCCCAACAGCCCGGUCAUCAUUUUCUAUAUCAUUCAAGAAGGUGUCACUACCGUCGACUCUGCUUACACCGAGCCUUUCCAUAACAUUGGCCCUAUUUCAAUCCAGCCCGCGUCAGGAACUUACACUGAUCUGGCCGGGUGGACUGGAAUCGCCAACUCAUCGCCACCAUGCCAAAAGGGUGCCCUUGCAAACCCCCGCUUCCCAAUUUACCUCCAAUCCUAUAACGUCGACGCUCAAAAGAAGGCGUACAGUGUUUUCGCAAACGCUGUCCGCGGAGCCUCGACCUUCAACAACUCCAUUUUCAUGUUUGAAGGCUACUCCAUGGAAGGCGUGCAAGCGAUCGCUAGCGACUCUAGCGCUUUCGCAUUCCGCAGUGAGAACAUUCUUGCCGCUCCCCUCAUCAAUUACCUGCCUGCUGGUUCCACUCUGGACACCAAAGUCGCCAAUUUGGGUAACCAGCUCCGUGAUAUUCUUCGGGAUGGCACUGGCCAGGACGACUUCCGUGCCUAUGUCAACUAUGCUUAUGGCGAUGAAACACUCCAGGAGUUGUAUGGAAGUGAGAGCUGGCGCCAGAGCCGUCUCCAUGCUUUGAAGCAGAAGUACGACCCGACCGGCAAGUUUAGUUUCUACGCGCCUAUCCCGUCGAACUAG